UGGAUGCAUCAGCGUACACGUUGUAGAUAUCUUCCUCUUGACUUGAUAAGUUAUAAUCAUCAUUUCAAACCGAGUUAACCAUCAUGAGUUCUUUCAACAUUGCAACUGCUAGGGACAAAUUUCCAGCAUUGAAUCAACCGCAAGUCUUCUUUGAUAAUGCCGGAGGCAGUCAAAUUCUGGGCACAGUGAUAGACUCGAUCUCAAAUUAUCUCUCCAAGACGAACGUUCAAUUGGGAGCUUCUUACGCCAUUGGCAAGAAGUCCACUGCGCAUUACGAAAGUGGGUAUGCAGCAGCCGCAAAAUACAUCAAUGCAUCAACAGACAACAUUGUUCUAGGAUCAUCAACUACAUCCCUCUUCCGGACCUUAUCUUUCGCGCUCUCGUUCCCAGCCGGCUCAGAAGUGAUCAUCUCCAAAGUCGACCACGAAGCCAACAUCGCCUCCUGGGUGGACAUAGCUGCCCGUCAGAAUCUAACCAUCAAAUGGUGGUCUCCAAAAGCAGGCACGAACCCCAAGCUCGAGGCAUCUGAUCUCAAGAAGCUCCUCUCUGAGAAGACCGUCCUGGUCACGUGUACACAUGCUUCCAACAUCCUGGGCACGAUCCACGAUAUCACAGCCAUUGCGGAAGCCGUUCAUACAGUUCCUGGUGCGAUGCUAUGCGUUGAUGCUGUGGCUUAUGCUCCGCAUAGACAGGUUGAUGUGAAAGCAUUAGGUGUUGACUUCUACUGCUUCAGCUGGUACAAAGUGUAUGGCCCUCACAUGUCCAUGCUCUACGCAUCACCCACUGUCUUGAAAUCCGUCAAGUCUCUAGGCCACCACUUCAACCCCUCUUCCACCCUAGAAAACAAACUCGGCCUCGCAGGAUCCUGCUACGAACUCACCGCAUCCAUCCCAGCAGUCCUAGCUUACUUCGGAGACAACCCCGCAGAAUCCUGGGCAGCGAUUGAGAAGCACGAGGAGAAGCUUCAGAGUACGCUUUUGGGGUAUCUGAAUGCGAGAUCAGAUGUCACGAUCUAUGGUGAGACGAGUUCGGAUACCAAGAAGAGGGUUAGCACGGUUGGCUUUGUUGUUAAAGGGAGGAAGAGUAAGGAUGUGGUGGAGGCUGUGGAUGAGCUUUCAAAUGGGGAGAUGGGUAUUAGAUGGGGGACUUUCUAUAGUGUGAGAUUGGCGGACGAGAUUCUUGGACUGGAGUAUGAUGGAGUUGUGAGGGUGUCGAUGGUACAUUAUAAUACUUUGGAUGAGGUGAAGCAGCUAAUCGACAUGUUUGACCAGGUUUUGGGGAAAGCCUAGGUAAUUUUAUGUAGUAUAGUCGGCGUGAAUCUACCUCCUGUUACACAUUCUCAUCAAAUGAAACAAUGUUCGAAGAUCGC